AUGACUACAGCUCAUGGAACCCCAACUCACCUUAGAACAGGACCAUCGGGAGCUGGGUCGGUAAUAACAAAGGCAGAAGUGCAAGAGUAUGAGAGAAUUCUGAAAAUAAACGAUCAAAUCUUCUCAGGUUUACAUGCACGUCUGAAAGUUCCAGCGCAGUCUGUACGCAAGCCAGGUACUCGAAUUGGCCAGUCUCUACAAAAAGGGAGCACGCUCUCCCCUGCCCCUGCCAUUGUCACACAUUCCACAUCUUCUACCAAUAUACCUCCCAAUCCUACUUUAGGACUUGAUCCCAUCUUUCUGACCAAAUCUGAUGAUCUGGUCAGGGCAGAGAUUCAAAUAAAACGACAGAGAGUGGAGAAAGCUCUGGAUCAGAAGAUGAAGGAAUAUGAGGCACAGUACAUACAGAUUGAUGUUGAUGAGGUGCUGAGUAAGGCCAUGCAGGUUGUGAAGCCUCUGUCGCCUAGUCCUACGUCUGAUCCCUAUUCAGUUGAUGACAACUCACUCUACUCCAGUCGAGCACCUGACUCGACUCCUCCCAACCAGUACAAAAAACCCCCUCCGGCUGCCCCAACGCAUCCUGUGGCGUCUAUUUCACGUUCGGAUGGGCAAUAUUCAGUUGAGUUGCAGAGACUUGAAUCUCUGAACCGAACUGGAUCUGAUCAGGAAAUGCAAGAUGCUUACCGAGUUGCUGACCCACGCAUCCCUUCUUCUCAGAAGCAGCUGCGCCCCGACCAAGUGGAAGCUGCUAAUGUUGAGUCAGACGAGCCAGAUUACUCUCCUUACUCUCCGCACUCUCCACCCCAUCAAGAUUACUCUCCACCCCCAGUAGCACCGCUGUUUGAUAAUAGACUCUUUGGACAGAAGGCAGCAGCCCUCGAGAUUGGUGGAUCGGACCGAAACUCACAUGUGCAGGGACCCGCUCCUAGAAACAACGUGCAAGUAGUGAGAAAUCAUAUCACUUCACCAGCAGCCCCCCAGCCGUCUCGCGUCUCGCCAUUGGCUUACUCGAAAUUUCCCACCGGUACACAGCUUCAGGGACAGCGAUUCCAGCGUGCUGAGAAUGGAGGACCAUAUAUCGACUCUACUAGCCCCAACGGAGCAGUCCCACAGAUAACAUCACAAAAGCGAAAAUGGGUUCAGGUUGUAGAGGAUGGCACUCGUCAUGUCUCUAACAUUGCGCAGAAUACCGAUUCCUCCGAUACAUACAUCAAAGUCGAGCGUGUUUCCCCUCCACCGUUCCCCGACGAUAGAGUGCGACAGCGCGAACGUCGACCAAUGUACAUUGACAUCGCAUCUCCACAAUACGAAACUGUUAUCGAGAGACAUGAACCUCCAGUUCGUGCGCCAAUCUUCAAGGCUGACCAGCAUCGCGAGAUCCCUUACCAGAAUCGUCCCCCACGGACAAUGUCUCGUUUAAGCGUCCAGCACCCUGUGCUCGAGGAUUCCCAUCUUGUUGACGUGUCUAGAAUGCAAUACGCUGCAUCAGAAUAUCCCCGGGGAUACAUUGAGAGCGAUCCCCGCCAUGCACGAGCUGCAUCAUAUGCGGUUGUUGAAAGGCGUCUUCCAGAGCAACCCAGAUACUACGAAGAAGCCUCGUCCCAGUACGGUCCUCGAUAUGUCACUGUAGAUGAUAUGCUACCGCCUACACGUGGUCAGUCGUAUCAUGAAGAACUUCCUCCAAGAGCCGUGUCGGGACCUCAACGCCGCAUCGUUGUCGAUGAGCAUGGAACUCAGUACGAAAUGGUCCCAGUACAAAGUCAGCAGCAUACUAUGCUUCCACCCCCUCGUCCCAUCUCCCGAGCACCAGCUCCAACACGUGAUUUCUAUGAUGAUCGAGUUUCUACCCGUACUGCUAGUGUUCGCGCACCAUCGGUCGUCCAGGAGCCUUACAUUGAACGCCGAUAUGCACAGGAGAUGGCUCCACCGCACCCAGUCUACAGACAUGUUACAGCAGACUAUCCUCGCCCAGUUGCUUUUGGCAGACGGGUCUUUUCCGCCCCUUACGACGCAAGCGCCGAAUAUCUUACCCAGCACCGCCCCACAUUCACAGGAGAGCAUGCAAUUCCUCAGGAAAGAGUUAUCCGAACAGCUAGUGUUCGGCCUCAAUCGGCUCAGUAUGAUGAACCGCAUGAAUUUGUCCAGCGCGUAGGAAGCGUACGCCCGCUUGGCCCCAAUCAUGAGGGCAAUGUGUACAUGGAAGAAAGACAGGGCGAGUACAUUGAGCAGCCAUACAUGGUCCGUGAACGCCCAUUCUAA